AAUCUGUGUUGAGUAUCUGCUUUUCCUGUGAAUGUCCUGGACAAGAUGAGAGUCGCCAGUUCAUCUCUCUUCCUCACAUUAUCGGCAUUUGUAUCCCUUGUCGUGAAUUCGAAUGCUGCACUCGUUACUGGAAAUCGCGUAGGGGCUCAAGCAGUGAAUCUUUGGAGACUAGACAACGCUAUUGCUCGUCCUAAGGAUACUUCUCACAGUCUCUUCGUACAGGACUUGGAUGCUAUUCAACAUUCCACUGAGAAAUUUGAGGAAUUUCCUGAGCAAUACUUCCGUCAACCUUUGGACCACUUCUCGAAUACUUCUGAGACUUUCGGACAGCGCUAUUGGAUAAACACCCGCCACUAUACCCCAGGCGCAGGAGGACCUGUGAUUGUGCUGGAUGGAGGUGAAACCAGUGGAGAAGAUAGAAUACCAUUUCUAGAUACCGGGAUCGUGGAGAUAUUGGCCAGAGCAACAGGAGGAGUGGGUGUUGUAUUGGAACAUCGUUACUAUGGAUCCUCUAUCCCUGUCUCUAACUUUUCUACUGAUAACUUGCGGUGGCUCAAUAAUGAGCAAUCUGCUGCUGAUUCUGCCAACUUUAUGGCCAAUGUGAAGUUUCCUGGGAUUGAAGAGGACCUUACCGCUCCCAAUACGCCUUGGAUAUAUUAUGGAGGCUCGUAUGCUGGUGCUCGAGCAGCACACAUGAGAGUUCUCUAUCCAGAAUUGGUUUAUGGUGCCAUUGCUUCCAGUGGUGUAACGCACGCUCAACUUGCCAUGUGGGAAUACUCUGAAAUUAUUCGCAAGGCUGCGGACCCUACCUGCGCUGGUCAUCUAGAGAAAUCCAUCGAGACUAUCGAUUUCCUCCUUGGCGUCCCACAUCUGAGGACUGCCAUCAAGGCUCUAUUCGGACUUGCAGAUCUGGAGCACGACGAUGAUUUUAUGGCGUUACUCGAGAACCCUCUAGGCGGAUGGCAAGGGAAAGUAUGGGAUCCCAAAGUUGGAAGCACGGAAUUUGAUACAUUUUGCGACUAUUUAAACAAACCUGUAAUUGGCCGAAACCAUACCGCUAACUUACCCUACAAUCAUGAACAAAGGAUGAUUGAGCUUCCCGGGGGCUUGGCUCUUGAUUUAUCUGUCAUCAACUAUGCAAACUACAUGAAAGAGAACUACGUGUCCCAAUGCGCAGAUGAUACGACGGUUGAAGAGUGUUUCGGUACAUAUAACGACAGCAAUUUCCAAGAUGUGUCAUUGGAUCAAACUUGGCGCGCGUGGACAUUUCAAGUGUGUACGCAGUGGGGUUAUUUCUCGACAGCACCUCCGGAUCCAAAACAACCUCGUAUUGUAUCACGGCUCAUGACCCUAGAGUACCAAUCUCGCAUAUGCCGUCAGGCAUACCCUCCUGGAAAGUACUUUACUGUUCCCGAGUGGCCAAAUAUUACAUCGGUGAACGCCUUGGGUGACUUCACUAUUGCUGCGGAUCGUUUGGCUAUUAUCGAUGGCGAAGUUGACCCAUGGAGGCCGUAUACCCCCCAUAGCGAAUAUGCUCCGGACAGGCCCGAUACUCUUUUGCGACCUUUCAAAUUAAUACCAAAUGGCGUCCAUCACUACGACGAGUACGGCCUUCGUGACUUGGAAGAUGAACCCGCCGAGAUAAGGAAGAUUCAUGGAGAGAUGAUUGUCUUCGUUUUAGAAUGGCUAAAGACUUUCAAAGCCAGUCAUUGAUGCUAGCCCAGGCUGGCGGCUUAGCAUAUAAGAGACGGCAUCGAUGCGCUGUAUUCGUUAAAUUUAAGGCCAUGGUCUGUUUUUC